CGCAGCUGGGCUGGGCGCAUCUGUCGCGCGCAAAGCCUCCAUCCUGACGGAUCCGAAGUCGCUCUCUCCGCCGCUCGACUCACUUCAUCUUUUGAUUCUGUCUUUGUAAAAGUCCUUCAUCCUCUUUCACCAUUCCCCCCCAUCGAGGCUUCGCUGAUUUUCUGUCGUCCCUCGGCUUCCGACCCGCGCGGAGGAAGUGGUCACUGUUGCUUGCAGUCACCGCUGUCGUGAUGGUUCUGCUGGCUCUCGCCAUCGCGGUGCCGCUUCUCCUCCUGCGCCCCUCGGAGACCUCCGCUCAUUACUACGAGAUGAUGGGCACCUGUCGAAUGGUAUGCGACCCGUACAGCGCCAAACCCGGAGGAGGGGAGGAGACCCAGACCGUCAACGGCAUCGCACCGCUACCACCGAUGGCGCAAGGCAGCCGCGGGGUACCGGGAAGACCGGGAAAACCGGGACUCAGGGGUCCACCGGGAGAGCCAGGUCCCCCGGGCCCCAGGGGGCCACCGGGGGAGCGAGGCGACAGCAAACUCGCUUUCCCCGCUUUGAGCGCAGCAGCCGGGGGAGAGCACGGCGAAACAGACCGGGCGAACUCGACAAACAGCGGCACUCGGGUCGCCUUUUACGUCGGCCUUAAGAACCCCCACGAGGGAUACGAGGUGCUCAAGUUUGACGACGUGAUUACAAACUUAGGGAACCUCUACGAUCCGAGCACCGGGAAAUUCACCUGCCACGUGUCCGGGAUCUACUACUUCACUUAUCAUGUGCUAAUGCGUGGAGGAGACGGAACCAGCAUGUGGGCCGACUUGUGUAAGAACGGACAAGUCCGAGCCAGUGCCAUAGCUCAGGAUGCAGACCAAAAUUAUGACUACGCCAGCAACAGUGCCGUGCUGCACUUGGACUCCGGCGACGAGGUCUACGUGAAACUGGACGGUGGCAAAGCUCACGGUGGAAACAAUAACAAGUACAGCACCUUCUCUGGCUUCAUCUUAUACCCUGACUAGGUCCAAUUGUCAACAGGAGUUCUUUUCAUGAAAGUACAUGGUUACAAUGUGUUUUUGUGUCCCUCAAAACACAAGCUGCUUAUGUUCAUGUUAAUUGAUGGAGAGCGUCCUCAGUGCAGAGGUGAAAAUGAUAUUCUACUUAAAGGCUCUGAAGGAUUAACAGUGCGUGAUAUUACUCGAAAGUCAAACAUCAGUCGGAUAAGCUUGUUGAGACCUGGCCCUACAUUUCACAUAUUGAUCUUCUUACACAAUGACAUGAAACAAGCCACCUAAAUGCAUCUAUUUAUUUGCAGCACCGUGAAUAAACUCCUCACCAAUGGACCAGGUUUUUUCAAUGCGAUCACACAGACUCCAGUCACAAGUAGCACAUGGACAGCUGCAAAAACAGAUACAUAUUACAUAUAUAUAUAUACAUAUCAAAUAUUAAUAUCUCUUCAGGUUUCAUCUUCUGUUGCAAUGAUUUAGCACUACUUCUCAUUGUGUUAUAUAUAGUUGCAGGCCAUAACUAUAAGUGUAAAGCUAAUCUUGUGAGAUGAAAAUAUCCAUAGUGGGUUUUUGUGUGUGUGUGUGUUUUUGUUUCUUUGCACGGCAUCAAUAUCCAAAUUGGAACUAACACUUACCAAAGGCACACACACGUCCAUCCUUCUCCAAUCAUCCAAAUUGCCAAGGGGAGCUGGACCCAUCUGAUCAUACACAACAGGGUCAGCAAAGGACAUGAGUGGAGUCAAAAAAAACAGUCAGAUUUACAAUCCGGAGGAUAAAAACAUCGAAAUAGUUGUGUUUUGUUUUUUUGGGGACUGUUUGUAUGUUUGUCUGUCUCUUGGUAAGCAAAAUGGUUUUGCUGCGUUUGAUGAAAUACCCAAUAAAGCAACCAUUCAUUUAUUUAUUUUUUCAUAUUAUAUCAAUAAAUAUUGUUUAACAGAAAACUUGUCUUGUUUCAAGCCAUUUUCCCUCAGCCAAGAAUAAAAGCGAGUGAUUGUAGAUGUACAUUAUGUGGCAGAUUUCCUGUGGGCUGAUGACAUGUUGGUUUGAACCCGAACUGGCUCGAAUAUCAUUUUGUUUUUAUUGCUGGUGUCUUUGGACAAAGGUUAAAUACGUGUGUGUAUACAUACUGUGUACAUACAGUAUAUAUUAGACCACUUUUUUUUUUUUAAAGAAAAUGAAACAAGAGAGGUCCCAAAAUCUUUUCCAUGACUGUAUGAUACGAUGUAUGACGUAACAUGAAUGAAACCUAUACAUAGGAUAUGGUCACCUUUUUAAGACUUCGUUUGUAAAACAAAAGAAGUUGUAGACCAGGAGUGUCAAAUUCAUUUUUGUUGCAGGCCACAUUGGUGGGAGGGCCAUUAUGACUGUGAAACCAUAUAAAUGUUUCAUCGCCUCAUCAUAGAUUUAUAUAUACAAAAAAAAUCGAUGCAUAACAGAAGUUUGUUCAACUACUUUAGUUACUGUAAAAAGGGGUUUGGUAACAAACAAACAAAAUAGUUGCAAUAGCUCAACGUUAUUAUUUAUUACGUAUGACGAUGUAAAAUUUUGGUACAGAUUCAGCAAGAAUCAUGCAAUUUAUGUGCUUUGCUGGCUACAUGAAAUGAUGUG